GGUCGGGUCUCGGAAAGUAACACGGAAUGAACUAGAACACUGGAGGUGGCACAAGUCACCAAUCCUCAGUGUCUGCAGUGUGCUGGGCAGGGCCUAGGAGGGGACACCCAGGAGACCAGAUCAGGGCCCCCUGGUGGUCCCAGCCCAACUAGUAGAGCUGGGCAGGGCACAAAAGGGGCGGGGCGGGCCAGGUUGAGCAUUCAAAAACCCAGCUAGCAACAACCACCGCAUUUCCUGCUUGCAAGAGGAGGCCUCCGGAUGGAGCCUCACACCGCUGAUGCUCAGGCGACGCCAGAUGAUCCCACGUGGGGGCCCUCCUCGCUGAGGCUGCUCAGAGCCCCGCCUGUGUCCCUGCGGCUUCGCGUGCGGCCCUGGUGGUUCCCAGCGCAGGAACUCAGCAACCCUCUGGUAUUCUUCAUGGAAGCCUGGAUCGCAGAGAAAAUUUUUGGUCCUAACCAAGCCAAAAUCUCAGAAAUGGAGUGGAUGACCCAGACCUUGCUGACAGUGGACACAGCCGACUCUGGAAACCUAACUGAAAUCACCGUCUUUGGACGACCCAGCGCACAAGCUCGAAUAAGAAGAAUGCUCUUGAGCAAGGCAGAAAUGCACAAAGAAAAGGUCAUCAGGAGAGCUACAAAGAUGAAACAACUAGAAGAAUUCUUGAAAGUUCAUUCCCCAAUCAACCUGUGUAACACAGAGCAGGAGACACACGCGGACACCCCUGCUUCGGCUGCUGGAGGUGAAGACAAACAUGGAUUCUUAAAGUCUCUGUACCUUCCUUUCCUGCCUUCAUGAGUGCAUUCGGUUUGCUUGUUUUCCUUUGCAAAUAGCAAUUAUGUAGAACUGUUCCAAUAUAGG